AUGGAGGCUAGUUCUUCUUUUGAAGAGACACAGCGGUUGCUCCUUUGGUCGGCUUCGCCAUCUCUUCUAGCAGCAAAAGGCACAUCAAGCCCCUCGGUACCAGUAACAACAGGAGGAAGCCCUGCGUCACCAUCAGCCGCUUUGUUGCAUUCGUUAGGCGAUGAAGGCCUGAGAAGUGCUUUGCACCCGCCAGGCAUUGUGGCUACUGCUGACUGGUUACGUUAUUUACUGUUUCAGGCUGUAGAGGAUGCCCAGCUUUUGUUUUCUUCUCUGUUAGAUGAAUGCGAAUGCAGUGCAUUGGGGUUACCAGAAGACACAAGAAACGCUGGAAACGAAGGCAAUGAAAAACAAACAGACAGAAACACUAAUUUCCCGCAAACUCCAACAGCAGCAGCAACACACGUAUUAGAUCCACCCAUUGCGUUUGCUGUUGCUCCAGAAAAAAGUGCGCCACACAGGCGCCUCAAUAGAUCUGAAACAGCAGCAUCACCCUCGGUAAGACCAGCAGCAGAACCUGCAGAAGCAGCAGCGACAGCAGGAGAGAACGAUGAGGGGAGAGAAGGCUGUGCAGCUACAGGAGCAGCGGUUCCUGGCUCGCUAAUGGAGAGCGAGGAGUCAAGCACAUGCACAGAGAUAAACAAAGCAGGCACUGGUGAUACAGAGACAAACUCCAAAAGAGACGAGGAGGCAGAAACAAAGGAUUCAGCAACAAAUAUAGAACAGGCAGGAGCAGACAACGCGCAAGCACCCCCAACAGCAAGAGAAUACAUCUCCACAACCAUGUCAUGGGCCUUCAAACAACUCGAAAGUCCUCGCUUGUUCCCCUUCUCACCCACAGCAACAGCAGCAGAAGCAGAGGCAGGAGCAGCAGAAGAUGCAGCAAGAAGGCAACCGCCCAUUACAGGAGCCAAUCAAGACAAGAACGAAGAAGAGGAAGAGAAGGAACUUCGCCAAACAGCCGCAUUGAUCGUUCGUCGAUUGUUGCGGUGUUAUGCUCACAUUUAUCUAUAUCAUUUACCCCUGCUACAGCAAUACGACGCCGUAGCUUCUGCAAAUCACUGCCUUAAGAAGUUGAUGUUCUUAUCUGUCGAUGGAGGCCUCAUCGAAAGGGGUGGACCACUUAAGAGCUUGGAAAGGGCCUGGCUAGACGCUGCACAACCUGAGGCAUCGCUCAGAUGUACUGACACCAAAGAUACCCCUCAAACAGCAGGACAUCGAGAAACGAACGACCAGAGAACAGCACGUGCAGCGCACGCAGAAGCCCAGUGGCUGCUGCCCGCGCUUCAGAACGCGGAGCUGUGUUUAGGUGCUAUUGAGGGGGAGGAAUUCCCCACCACUGGGAGGAACUAA